GCAAGCGUGUUGUGUACAGCAGAAAUAUCCACGCUGAAUUCUCUGAUAGCGGUAUGAAGAAAAUUGUCUAACGGAUAUUUUAAAGCAUCGCUAAAGGCUAUUCAUAUUUUCUGAAGAGGAGGAAACGGUAUCAUUGACCGGUCAGACUGUGCUUUGACUUUAUCUACGAACCACCAUGAAGAUCAAGAGACAGAAACAAGCCAAGAAAAACAUAAGCUUCUACAAAUACAACUUCAACUUCAGGGAACCUUUUCAGAUCCUCAUUGAUGGGACUUUUUGCCAGGCGGCGUUAAAAAACAAGAUCCAGAUCAAAGAGCAACUACCCAAGUACCUGAUGGGGGAGGUGCAGCUGUGCACCACAAACUGUGCUCUGACAGAACUGCAGACUCUGGGGAAACAGCUGUACGGAGCCAAAAUCAUCCUGCAGAAGUUUCAGGUCAGGAAGUGUCCACAUUUCAAGAAUCCAGUCCCUGCUUCUGAGUGUCUACUGUCCAUGUUGGGGGAGACAAACUCACACCACUACUUUGUAGCUACACAGGACCACACAGUGACCACAGGCCUGAAGAAUAUCCCAGGUGUUCCUCUGCUUUACAUCAUCCUCAACACCAUCGUGCUGGACAAACCAAGCCAGGCGUCGCUCGACCAUGUCCAGGCCGUGCAGCUGGGGGAGCUGGUGAGCCCUGCCCAACAGCAGAGCAUCCGCAGCCUGAAAGAGGAGCAGGGCAUCGGCCAGAAGGACGGAGAGAGGCGAGGGAAGAAGAGGAAGAGGAAACAGAGCAACCCCAACCCCCUGAGCUGCCUGAAGAAGAAGAAGAAGAAAGGAGUGCCGACACCGCCGCUGAAGAAGACAGAGCAGGGGGAGAAGAGGAAAAGAAGUCGACACAAGAAACGAAAGAUGGAGGGAGGAGAUACAAUGUCUGCUCCUGCAGUUGCAAGUACAUAAUAUGGCAGGAAGACAGAGACUUAAGCCAUUUUGUUUUCUUGCAUAAAUAUUAUUUGAAGAUGUCAAAGAUGUUCAUGUUUAAUAUAAUCACAAUCUAAAAUAAUUACACUUUACACAUUCAUUUUUGGUCUGUUUUUCAGAUGUUACCACAUAAACUGAUGUUUCUUACACAAGAAGACAUUUUUAAAUAUUGGUCAAGGUAUUUGUUUUAUUUUGAAAAGUUUUGCAACAGUUUCCAGGACUCGGGGCUUGCAGGCAUUGGGCUGAAACUGUUCAGAAACAUAGCAAUAUAUUAGAGACUGAGAGGAUUUGUCUUGGCUUUUGUACAAAAUAAAAAAAGCAGGUUUACAGGCACAUAGUUUAAAAUGUUAAAUGCACUCAGACAUCACAUGAUACACAGUUCAUAUGGAAGUGGAUAUCAAAAACAAUGCAUUCAGCUGUCUCUGCAGAAGCAGGAGGAAGAAGUGUGGUCACAUUGACUUGGUGGUCUGCUUGUUUACACUGUGCGCUGAGUGAUUUGUUGUUUCUGCUAAAUUCAGGCUGUAGUAUUUUGUGGUACAAUGGGUUUAGAGUCCAAACAAUGACACACAUCCCAAAUGUGUCCGUUCAGACUUCAGUGAAUCAUGUUUCAGGUUUCCAAGUCAUUCUUUGGAUUAAAAAUCAGUUUUACAUUUAAAUAAAAAACAAUUAAUUCUCUAUAACUGUUCAUACAUUAACAUUACAUGAAUAUUGAGCAGAGUAUCUACCUGAUUUACACUGUCAAAGGUUACUGUGGAGCAGCAUUAGACCACAGCAGUCUUCAUUAUCAGGACAACACAUCACCAUAUGUCAGUUGUUACUAAUGAUUAUCCAUAUAUAAAAAGGGAUAUUGGAUAAAAGGAGUCCGUGUCACAUACUUCAAGUCAUUUUAAGAGUAAAAGAGCAAGACGGCAAUAAAAAGUAGCUUCUGGAACAGUUCCACUCUAGUAAAAUAUUUCAGGACAGAGCAUGCACAUAUGGUGGAUCACGGAUGUUUACAUCAUCUAUAGGUUAAUAAGAAUGUGUCCCAAUUCAAUAAUACAUACUAAUUAUAUUCAGUGCAUACCAUAUACUGAUCUUUCAUGUAUUUUUUGCAAUAAAUCAGCACACUUAAUUGUUUUAUACUAACAGGAAAUGAUGAAAUGUGUCAUCGAACAUCAAUGAAACUCGAAUGUCACUGCUGAUUAAACACAACAAAGAGACAGCAAAAUGUUUUUUUUAGUUGUUUCCAGCUGUGAGAAGCUUCUCCAUUAACGUUGUGAACUGCAUCAUUAGAGAACACAUCAGCACGCUCAAAAACCUUAAGCUUUUUCGUGCAGAUACUGUUUUGUAUAUAUUUUAUUUUGUCUCUUUUCCAGUCUGAGCACUUCAUACACUGAUUCUGCUUAGAAUUAGUGUGUUGUACAGAUUUGAGACACAACUAUGGUUCUGCUGACUCUUGUGAGGCGUAAACAGUCUGAUGGAAGCAAAGCAAUUUGCAAAAACAACAGCUCGGAGUUUGUGAUUCUUAAAGUGCUACACUACAGUUGUUUUACGAUUAAUUGCUGGUUGAGUCUGCAAAUCACCACUUUAGCAACUGUUUAAUUGUACUGUGCAGAAACAGGAUAUAGUGCAUGCUCCUUUUGGCUAAUGUCUGUGUACAUGAGAACCUUCAGAUGAGAUCUUUCUCCUGCAGUAGUGGGAAAGAUGAGUUUCCAAGUAACAUGGUUGAUUUUGUUAUCGCUGCGUAAACACACACUUGUCUUCAACUGUAAACAUAUUUUAAAAUUGACUCAUUUUAUAUUUGGUGCCAUACUACUGCAACACAAUAGCUUCCUGUGGGAAGUAGUGGUUGUCAAAGUUGGCAACUCCAAACAAUGCAGUGCAAUACAGUAAAAUCCUUUUUUGUACACAUUGUGUACUUGAUUGAACUUAAAACUAAUUUUUAGCAAUAAAGUAGGUCUUAGUAAUAAAACAAGAUAAAUAAUAAUACAUUAAUUAAUAAAUAAUAAUAAAAUAAAAAUUGCCAAUUGUUUGGAGCUGCAAUCCUCCUCACUGUGGAUUUUUUAAGGAAUAAAUCUCUCAGUGAUCCAGCGAUGUUCUUCAAUUCUAUUUCCUCCCAUCACUGUUUUUCACAUUAAAAUUUUGCAGGCAGAAUAUUAAA